AUGUUGGGUUCCAGGAGAUUCUUGUGUUUUCCUGAUCAGCUCAGAGCUAGUUCUUUGAGUCCUAAUGACAGGAAGGAUAAGAAAAACCACACGAACAAGCUUCGAGAACUGGCCUUACUGAUCCCUGUGACCAUGAAGACCAGAAACAAGAAGCACACCAAGAAGGAGAUCCUGCUGCGUGUCCUACACUACAUCCAGUAUCUCCAGAGAAGUAUUGAUGUGGCCAAGGCCUUGCUCAAGCUCCACAGCAGCAAUGGCAAAGGGCUGGGUGGGAACCCAUCUGCUGGCCAGACCUGGCGGAGACAAUCCACCCCCUCCAGCUCUCAGAAGUCACACCUUUGGGGCACUUGUUUGAAACCUCGAAAGAAGAAGUUUACCCGAGUGUCAGAGCGCCCAGUCUGGCCCUAUAAGUCUCGCCGCUCCCUAGUUCUGGACCAGUCUGAAAAUCAGAUGACCACACACCCAGGCCUAAAGGAAGAAAAUGGGGAAGGUACCAUCUGUCCAAGAGACCUCAGCCCUAGCAUCCACCCCACAACUAUACCAUCCCUGUCUGAAGGUGACGGACGAGGGGCCCAGCUGGUGUUCCUGGACAUGGCUCAGAACAUCUCUGCCUAUGACAUUACAAGUGAUCAUGCUGUAGCAGCCCAGGAUGGAGAGCUUGAUGUUGACAUCAAGGCUCAGAGCAGGGUUCAGAGGUCCUAUUUCCUCACCAGGGCACAGCCCUGUCUCAGCUCCUGCAGGCAGAAGCUAUUCUUGUGCACUUCCAGUGAAGCAGACAAAGAAGCCCCAGACAUUGACCCCUGGCUUCCUGUGUGGACAUCCGAGGACAGCCCAAAUGGAAGCCCACUGGCCUUGAGGUCUUCCCAGAGCAAUACCAGGCAUGUGACGAACUACCUAAGUGAAAUCUUAGGACUUAGCUCUUCCCUCUUCAGCUCCCCAAGCAAAAUCCUGCCGGAUCAUGUCCUGGAGGAUGGCACCUACUUUCUGACUGAAGGUCUCUUGGAGUCUUCACCUGCUGCCUGUGAAUUGGAAGGCCCCUCAGAGAAGGACGCACCCUCUGAGGGCCACACAGGCCCACCUAACUUCCAGUCUGCAAUUUCACUGGACCACUGCUACCUGUCGCUGAGUGAGAACACGAAAGUGCUGUCCAACUGCAGCUCCAGUUCAGAGUCCACAGACAUAGACUCCCUGUGGGGACAGGAGGAGCAGGCCAACCCAGAGGGCUUGCAGAGUUCCAGUGAUGAGGACAAAGACUACACAUGGACACCUACCCGGAGGUCUUCUGGCCUACUAGUAGCUGGCAAGAAGAUCAAGAAGGUCCAGGCAAGCCAGGGCCCUAUGAGGCCCAAGGACAGUAAAAAAAUCUGCCCUGGCCAGGUGAAGAAAAAGUGUGUUAAUGGCUUCAUCAUGUUCUGCAGGAUGAACCGGAAGCAGUAUAUCCGAGCCUGUCCUGGGACCGCAUCCACAGCUGCCACCAAGGAGCUGGCUCAACUGUGGCGAGGGAUGACUCUGGAGGAAAGGAGACCAUACUGCACUAAGGCACGCAGGUUCAGCCGCCAGCACAACCGCAUUGUGAAGCGGGAGAGCUCCAGCAGUGAGGACGACGAUGGGGAGACCCCUAAGCCCUUCUACCAGCUGCUGGCUGAGAAGGCCCAAGUGUCUUUGGGCCUGACCUCGUGCCCACCCCUUGCUGCCAGUGAGAGGGACAACCCCGGCCUGGCUCUACCAUCUGCUUAG